GCGACGAACAAUUAAACAUGGCCGCUUCUGGUAGCAUGUGGCUAGGCAAUUUGGUGAAAAUGUCACGUUUUUCACAGUCUGUUGUCAGUAGAUAUGUCACCAGAUGUUACAAAGUGAGACACCUGGCGACUAUGGCUACUGAUGAGAUUCCUACUAACUCUGCUAAACAAGAGAAGGAGGUUAAUGUUGAACAGAAUAUUGGAGAAAAACAGUUGUCAGAGCAAAAGGAAAAGUUUGAGACAGAGUUAAAAGAGUUGAAGGAUAAGUACAUGCGUUCUCUUGCUGAAACGGAGAACGUCAGGACCCGAAUGAAAAAACAGAUAGAUGACGCAAAACAAUUUGGGAUUCAGAAUUUCUGCAAAGAUCUUUUAGACGUCGCUGAUGUUCUCAACCAUGCAGUAGAUAGUGUCCCGAAAGAGGAAAUAACAAAGAAAAACCCACACCUUAAGAGUCUGUUCGAGGGCUUAAUAAUGACAGAAUCACAGCUUCAAAAGACAUUUAUAAAGCAUGGACUGCAGCAGAUAAUACCGAAUAAAGGUGACAAAUUUGACCCGUAUUUUCACGAAGCCUUGUUUACCGUUCCCAGCGAAGAAAAAGACAGUGGGACUAUUGCUGUUCUGCAAAAAAUUGGCUACACACUUCAUGAUCGAACACUGCGACCAGCACUGGUUGGUGUGUUUAAAUCAUGAUGUGGAAAAAAGCUCUUCCGACAGAUUUUUAAUACAAUAUUAUGAAGAAUAACUGUUACAAAAAAAUAUCUUGUUUAUACACGACUCCAUUAAUUUGGUUUUACUGAUGUCAGUGCUGGAUAACGCAUAUGCAACCCACAAAUACUGCCACAAGCUCGCAUACAUGGAACAUUUUGUUUAGUAUCGUGUCACAAUUCGCUACGCAAGUUUCAGAGAUCCGCUACACAAAUUUAGAAAAUGAAACCUUAGUUUUAUUCUAAUCAAUUUUUAAUUGACUAGAAAUAUUGAUAAUCAAGAUUUUGAAAACAAAAUGUUUCCUGACAUAGUGACAAGAUAAUCAAAAUUUAUUUUAUGGAGAAUCGGUCACAUGUUUUAUGGUAAAAACUAACCAUGUCAACAAUACUAAUAAUUAUUAUGACAAAAAAUAAAUAAUAAUGAGUCGAUCCAUGGAGCUCACGAAAAUCUCGGGGUCCGUAAGCAUUUGCUACAUUGUUAAUCCAGCACUGGCUGAUGUUGAACAAUAGUGUGCCAAUUAAUAAAGAGCUGAUAACAUUUACGAUGGAUUCAAACAUUUCUUUCGGUUGACAUUGUUAAUCCAGUCUAUUUAAAACUACUUGUAGUGACAGCAUGUUCCACAUUGGUUUCCUCUGGGACCAAAGCGUUGUCAUUAAGGACUUUAUAAACAAGUUCAUAUAUCUGCCACCUAUAUCGGAACUAUUGAUAAGAGAAACAACUGAUUUCAUUAUGAUUUUAAAUUAUUCAUUUUUGAAGGCGGUUAUCAACAAACGGAUACAUGCAGUGUGCAAAGUCAUGUUUUUGUGCCUGUUUGUAUUAAAUAUUCAUUAGUGGUAGAAGGAAGAAUUUUGAAAGGGGAGUGUCGAAAGUAAGUGUUAAGAUAUAAGAUUAAACGAGACAUAUCAGGCAGGGCUAGCUCUGGUACUUACCAAAUUCACAAGUUGUGAAUGUCAAAAACAACUGGUGAAUUUUAUUUUAAUUUGGCGAAAUAAUUUCAUGAAUAAUUGAUAUUUUGUUACAAAAUAACUGGGUUUCUGCAGUUUUUAAAGUUUUAAUAGAUAAUUUGGCGAAAUAAUUUCAUGAAUAAUUGAUAUUUUGUUACAAAAUAACUGGGUUUCUGCAGUUUUUAAAGUUUUAAUAGAUAAUUUGGCGAAAUAAUUUCUGCUGACCCAGAGGUACGAGUGUUAUAUUUGGUUGUUUUUGCAUUUUGUUUGUAAUAAACAACUACACAUUACUCAAUCCCACAAGUAAUGUUUAUAUAAAUAAUGAAUAAACCUGUAAUGUUUUUAUCUGACGUUUAACAGUAGAUAUUUUUUUCGGAAUUUCCUGUUUUAUGAGAUGGUCAGAAAUCAUGAAAUCGGCAAAUCCACAUAGUCUGAUAAAUUCACUUGAUAAAGCCAUAACAGGCAGAUGAGUUUCAUGAAUGCUGCAAAUUUGUUGAUAACAUCUGCCAAGAAUGUUUGAAAUGUUCACCAACGGAUUGCAUCCAAUUGCGCUAUGAGAUUGCACAUUUGCAAGUGCUUUGUGAAUUAGAUCCCAGAUGUGUUUAAAUUGAUAUCCCAAAUAUGUAAUCUUUGUUUGAUACUAGAAACUGAAGUACCUUUUUUUUUUAAGGUGCUCAAAAAUUGUUAACCAGAAUAAAAGAAACUAUCUUUAAAAUUAUUUUAUUAUGAUGUCAUAACAAUGAUUCAUGUUUAAAACUCAGAAGAUCUGAAAUGAAUAAGUUAAUGUCUUCAUAUGAGUGCAAAUGUUGUACAUAAUAAAUGCCCAAAGUCAUUUGGCUUUUAUAGGAUGGACAGACACACCCAUAUAGACAGGAGUGGUGUAAAACUGUUAAGCAGUAACGUUAUUUAAAAAAAAUAAGUUGUUAUAUGAUUAUUAGUUUGUAGAUUGAAUAUAAAUAAUAUACAACUUAAUAUGUGGGUGUUCUACAUGGGCGUACGACCGGGGGGGGGGGGGCAAUUGCCCCCCCCCCCCCCCCCCAAAUUCGGGCAAAACUGGGGGGAAAAUUUCGGCCGUUUUUAUCUGGGGAAAAUUUCGGGCAAAUCAACCCCUCCAGCCCCCCUAAAUCAAAGAGUCCCCAUACGCCCAUGGUGUCCUAUCAUCUGUCCUGAUGAUUUAGAUUAUUUACACUGUGGUUAAAAAGUUUGUUUUGUUUAACAACAUCACUAGAGCACAUUGAUUAAUUAAUCAUCGCCUUUUGGAUGGAUGUCAAACAUUUGGUAAUUACGACUCGUAGUCAUCAGAGGAAACCAGCUACAUUUUUCUAUUAGCAGCAAGGGAUCUUUUAUAUGCACUUUCCCAUAGAUAGGACAGCACAUACCACAGCCUUAGACCAGUUGUGGUGCAUUGGUCAGAACGAGAAAAAAAUAUCAGUUGAAUCAAUCCACCACGGUGAUUCCAUCCAGCGACACAAGCACUACACUGUGGUUAUAAUGGUACACACACAGUUGUAAAUAAAUGGAAAUUAGAAACCACCCCACUAAAGAAAAAGGCUUGAAAUAGGAACUAAAAUGUGAACCUAGACAGCAUGGAGUGGGGGAGGAUUUGGGAACAAUUAGGACCUCUCAGAUGUAUUUUAGAGCAUUGUAAUUAAAACUGAAUAACAAAUUACAUGUAAAUAGCAGAUGAAAUGAUUGUACAUACAUCUGAAUUUGUUUUUUUAAUGACACAAUUUUCUAUUUCACUCGCUAGAUCUAAAAAUGGACUGCUUUUUGCAGGCCAUCAUUUCAAGCCCAGGAUUUGGAAUAUUUACAUUGUAGUUCACGGACCACCCCCCAAAAAGCUCAAAACAAUUGUACAUUUGCAUUCUGACAGAAUAAUUCAAUUCACAAAACAAAAUGUGUUUGCCAAAUAACUACACAGUUAACCAAUUUGCUUGUAAUAUAGUUUUAUGAUAGCAGUAAAUCAUGUCAUUAUCACCCAUAUUCCACGAAUAAGAGUCUGUUAUAGUCUGUUCGUGGUAAAAGGGAAUCGAUGAAUUGGCAAUUAACUAUGUACUGUAUAGUGUUAAAAUUCAUCUAAAAAGAUAUUAAAGUUUUAAACCCAUAUCAACUCUGGGGGGUUAUUUUGGCAAAGAAAAUGUAUGGAAAUAAAAUUAUCAUCAAAUUGUAUAGAUUAAAGCUCAUUUCUAAUACAGGGGUGAAGACAAGAUGCUGGAACCAUAAGUGUACGAGAUAGGGGCGCAAUUACACACACACACCUUAGUGCUAGAGCACAAUUUGGGCAAAAUGUGAUAACCUAAGACAUUUUUACCGUGCAUUUCCAUCAUUCUGCUCUCAAAAUUAGUUGUAAUCAAUGUAAGUAUGCGUAGUGAUUCGUUUACAACCCUAUAUAGGGUGCAUGUUAUUUGUAAAGAAUUUUUUUUUUAACACUGAUAUUUAAAAAAACAAACAUUUUAAAAGUUGAUAUGGCUUUAAAAUGUAACGUUUUUAUAUGAAUUUUAAUGUUAUUCAUUAUAAAAUUACAUGCCAAUUCACUAGUUCCUUUUUGAAGCAAAUGGACUAUUGGUGUAGGAUGUUGGUAUACGACGUACCAUUAAGAAUCUGGUUUAUCAGUGUGGAGAUGUUUCAUUUAAUGAACAAUUAAAAGUUCCAGAUGUGUGUACAUGUAAAAUUAAUAAUGGGUGUCCAAACAUGAAAUACUUUAUUGGAAUUGCAUGUCAGUUAUAUUUCUUGUGGUAUUUACGUGCAUUAUAUCAUGAUCAAAUAUUAAAAAAGUGCUGUUUGAAAUGUAUAAAAAAUGUGGUAGUGUUACAAA